AUGCCGCGUUCAUAUAAUGCCGUGUUUACGGAAGCCCACAACUGUCACGGCGAAAGCCAAAAGCUCACGGCAAGAGCCAAAACCUCACGUGGAGCUCUCUUUACGGAAAAGUGUUCAAGAUGUGGGUACGAGAAAGAGCUUCGCUCGUCGGGCGUCCAUGUUUCACAAAAUGGUUGCAUAAGGGUUUAUUCAGAAGACGAGGAGUUAACAUGUCUUUGCGUACAGAAAAAUGAAGGCAAAGGAUUGCCAAACACUGAAAAAGAGGAAGAAAGAAAAGAAGCAGGAAACUCAAAAUCUGCCAGCACAGUGAAGUCCUUCAGUGACUAUAAAGCAUUGAAAGGGAAAAAUUGGAAAUCUCUUGUAUCAAAAACAACUGCCAAACCAAAAGACAAAGAUAAAGAAGAAGAUGUUGGCAUCUUCAUUGGUCUUAUUGAGUGGAGUGACAAAGCAUUGAAGCUUAAACCGAAAAGGGGAAAGAGACUUGCCCUUCGUAUUUCCAAUCAGGCACCAUAUUUGAACAUCCUGGAAAAGGCAAAAGAGAAGUGGGCCAAUUACAACAAAGAUUGUUAUAACGAUGAGCAAGAGUAUAUAUUACUUUUCRAGGAUGGGCAGUCAGCAGAGUUUUUACCUGGUACGAAUGAACCUUUUAAACUUUCACGCUAUCGAGAAGAAGUUGGCAAAGAUUAUAAACGAAUGGUUUUAUAUCUUUGUUCCGAUGAYGACUACAAGUCUGAAAAAUAUUCUGAGAAAGAUGAUCCAACAAUUGAAGAUGAAAGAGAACCACCACAAAAGAAAUGCCAUCUAGAUGAUGAAUAUCCCAAGGAUGGAAAUGGUAUUGAAAAACAUCCAAGCGAUAAUGAAGUGGAGCCCUUUGAAGUAUUGCAGGGUUACUCUGAUGUUCCAAAUCUGGAAAAGAGUCAUGAAGCAGGGAAUAUCGUCGAAAGUUACAAAAGUGAAAAUAAAGCUGGUUUUGCUGAUAUACCGAGUGCACUUAAGUCUCUUGAAAGACAAGUGGAUAAAGAUGGGCAGUUUUUCCUAGUUAUGAGAAGAAAAGCUCCAAUAAUGAGGUGUUUAAAGCUUUGGCAGCGAGAGGCAAUGAAAACAUCCCCAGAGAAAGCACUAAGAGUCCAUUUCAGUGGUGAAGAUGGGAUUGACAGCGGAGCAAUGGYGAAGGAAUUCUUGGAAUAUGCUUUGAGAGAGAUGAGGACAGUUAUAUUUCCCGAUGGAGCCCCAGUAGAUUCAAUGUACCACAUCCAAAAUGGAAUCUUCAGGACAUGUGGACAGAUAGUGGCAACRAGUAUUGUCCAGGGAGGGCCAGCUUUGGAAUGCUUUGAAGAGUGCAUUUAUGAGAUGCUAGUGAAUCCAGAUGUUGAUAUUUCACGUCUAAGUAAGAAGCAUUUGACAACCAAAGAAAGAAAGCUGCUUGAUGAGAUAGUGCAAAACAUGAGUGAUCACCAAGAUGCAAUUAUUGAUUAUGGUUAUACUGGUUUGAUUGACACCAAUCACACAGAUGCUAUUAUUGGAACUGUCAUAGUAAGCAUUGUCAGCAAGAGGCUACUUUAUCUGAAGGAGUUUUGCGAGGGUCUGAAUUGUUAUGGUCUUGCAGAUGCCAUGAGGGUGAAUGCUGACAUAUUCAAGCCUCUUUUUGUGUCAAAUGCCUCAGGCCAAAAACCAGUAGAUGCCAGUWAUGUCUUUUCUCUUCUUAAACCAUGCUAUUCAGCACCUGGCACCACCAAGAGGACAUUGGAAGAAGAGGUAAUUGAUAGCUUUCAAGAUUUUCUAAUGCUGUUAGAAGAUGAGGAAGUUGGAGGGUACUCUGAAGCCUUAGCAUGGAACACUGAUGACAGCUUAUACCAAGAUGAAGAGUCUAUGGAUGACAUCAACAAGUUCCAAAGUGCUGAUCUUAAGCCUGCAGGAGUCCUUGGUUGGCUAACAGGCCAAUGUCACAGACCAUUGAAUGGUAAUUCACUGGUCAUCACUGUUCAUUUUGACCAUGAGUGCAUGGAGAGAAAUCCGAGCCACACAGUCUGUUUCCCUCAAGUUCGAGCCUGUGGACAAGAAAUAACAUUUCCGGUUGCCCAUAUGAGCACAACAAAAGAAUUCAAAGAAGUGUUUGUUAUUGCAUAUUGCAAGGGACAAGCAUUUGCAAAACCAUAACCUUGGUUGCAAUCAAUCAAGUUACUUCUUGUUAAAGUUAUUUUAUUGAAAUUUCUUUUAAAUUCAAGUGCCAAAGCCAAAGUUCAAAGAAGGUGAUUUCUAAGACUGUUCCUUCAGUCUUAACUGUUUAUCAUGAUUUGUUGGCAUUCCAUAUGCUGAUAAUAUUAUUUCUUGGUAUAUCAGCUUUCAAAAGUGACACUCAGAGAAAAGCAGUAAGUGACAGUUCAAAUAGGAUGAUUUAUGAAUGAGUUGAUUAUUUUGUAUCAUUGUUUAUCAUGAUUUGUUGGCAUUCCUAUUUUUUGAGGAUCAUAUAAAAACUCACUCUAGUCAGAGCCUGUGCUCAUU